GUCAGGGCGCCGCCGCGACGACCGCACACCUCUCGGCCAGACCUUCUGCAUUGCGGAUCCACCAGACACUCGCAGCAAGCAGCUCCAUCCAUCGCCCUUUUCCAAUUGACAGACCGACGGACCGUUUUCAUCAAUUUUCGGACAUGUUCGGACUUGGCGGAGCUUUGAAAAACGUGACCAGCAAGGCUGGCGAGCUGCUGGAGAAGAAGAAGGGCGAGGUGAGCACCCUGGCCGACGAAAAGAAGAAGGUGGCCACGGAGAUUCUCGAGGAACAGGUCACCAAAACCACAGAGGCCCUCUCCCAGACCAAGCUGGAGGCCGAAAAGGCCGCCACAGACACGGCCGACGAGGCGACUGGUUUGGUUGAGACGACGGUGAACGCGGGCAUUGCGGAGGUGGAGAAGACUGUCGACGAGAAGAUCAAGGAGGCCAACACCGAGAUGGACAAGAAGCUGGAGGAGGCGGACAAAUUCCUGGACGCCAAGCGCGAGGACGUCGUCCAGGCCGUCACCGACGCCGGCAAGAAGGUCAACGAGACGAGUGCGUCCACCCAGAACUCCCUGCUCGGCAAGGCCAAGGGAUUCCUCAAGUUUUGAAGGAGAGGCCUAAAACUCACGUAUUACUACCACUCACACUGCUGCUUGGUGACAAACUCCUAUUUUAAAAUAUGAUUGUAGCUUUGACGUUGACGGAACGAGGUUCAAAAGAAAAUGAAAUUAUUAUAAAUGUAAGAAGUGUGUAUUUUUAGAGGUCUCGGCUUUAUUGUCAACUGGAAAGCGCUGGGUCUUCUCAGUGUGCGAGCACCAAACUCAUGUUUUGUCCAAUUUUAUCUCACUGCUUUGAUGAGAAUCUCAUUGUUAAUGCAGAUCAAUUUUAGCAUUCGAGAGGAAUGUGAUUCAAAAUUUCACCAAUCAAAAAAUAUAAAAUAAUUAUUUUUCCUCUUUAAUUUCUCUUAUAAACAAAAUCGGAGCCAAAUUGAAAAGAGCGUGCCUUGGAUUGAUUCAAAUAUAUAUCACAUAUUAUUUUGUUGACAGUCCAGCUUUUUUAUUAUCUAGGUCAGUAUAUUUUAUGUAAAUUUCUCUCUGCAAAAAUAAAAUAAAAUAAAAUUGGAGCAUUCGCCCAUAGCUUU